AAGUUGUCUGAUUGCACUCAGUUGAUGCGUGUGAGAGGUGCACACAGUUGAGACUUGAGAGUCAAGCAGUCCUCAACUCGGCUGGUUAGCCACGCUGUAAGUUAAGAUUACCACACUCACUCACCUGCCCAGAGCAAUUCGCAUCAGGCACGCCAUAGCCGAUUCACGAGUCGGGACGGGUUUAUCGUCGUUAUACAUAUAAGAUCCGGCAAAUUCAAAAUAAUUUCUAGACAUAUCCGGUCUUCAUGAUGGCGCCCUCGGCUCAGGCUCACCAGCGCACUCACAGUCUGCUCCUAUUCCAGAAGUUGCUCAGCCUGCGAGACAGCGCCAGCCCCCUCACACUUAUCCUCGAUAGCCUGGAGCAAAGCGCUGGUCCGCUCGUUAACGAAUUUAUGAAUAGCGCCAAGAUCGGACGUGCAAAGGUCGUCUACGUUUCUUUCGUCACAAUUAAGAAGCCCUCCCAGGUCGAUGUAUUCAUUAGAGCCCGGGGAAAGUCUCUCAAGAGUCUUGCGGCGGAAAUAUCUUCACACAUCACGAGCAAAGGCACCACAACGGCUACGCAGAGAUACCUAAUAGUAAUCGACACGCUCAACCCCGCGGCGUCUGUCACUCCGCACCUUCUCCAAGCCUUCUUCGCCUCCAUCAUCACCCCCUCGGCCUCGCUCGUAGCCGUCUACCACACCGAUGUGCCCGACCUCACUCCUCCUCUCAGAAACAGCACCAUCCUCACAAACGAGUACACCCCGGACCCACUCACCCUGCUCAGCUACCUAGCCACGACCGUCUUCCGCGUGUCGAGCCUCUCGCACGCCGUCGCCGCGCGGCGCGCCCAGAGCCGGAGCGUGCAGGAGCCCGAGUUUGGCCUGCGCGAGGGCCGAGAAGGCGUGCUCAUCGGCCUGCGCGGGGUGAGCGACCACGGGCAUGGGCACGGGCACGGGCACGGGCAUGGGCAAGCGUGGUCUGAAAAGGAUGUCGUGGUGGACAUGGAGAUGCGCCGGCGGAGCGGCAGGGCCGUGGUGGAUAGGUUCAUCCUCGCCGCUCCUACCAGUACGGCCAGUGUCACUGCCAAAGGGGUGCGGCAGGGUGCAGGAGGGGCAGGUGGUUGGAGCGUGAUGUUAUGGGAUGUUCAUCCCGCUUUUCAGGGCGAGUCUGGGGAUAAGCUUUCUGAGGAGGGCACUGGUGGGCACGAGGAUGGCAUGACUACGUUCAAUAUCGGCUUGACGGAGAAGCAAAGGCGUGAUAGGGAAGGGGUAGUACUGCCCUAUUUUGAUGCGCAGGUUGAGGUUGGGGGCGGGGAGGGAGGGAGGAUCCUGUAUGAGAUGGGAAGGGAGGAUGAUUUUGAUGAGGAGGAAGAUGAGAUUUAAGGGGAAGAUAGUUGGGUUAGGGUAUCCGGUGUAGUGCAGGUAUCCGGUCGAGCCGGUGUAGUGCAAUCUCAAUGUCGAGAG